AUGGAACGUCUUCUUCGUGCUGGCCUUUGCCUCGUCGAAUCGUCAGAAACACAAGUAGACCUCAAGUCUGUGCUCUUAGAACGCCUUUAUCGAUAUUAUGAAUGCCUCGAGUCUAAUGCUACAAUUACUCAAUCUGACUCGCUCGACGAGGUUCAGCUGAGAACUGGCUUAGAGGCGUUAAACACCAUUGAAGCGGUCCACGAAUGUCUUGCAAAGGAAGAUUUGCCUAUUGGGACCCGCGAUCUCGCAGAAUUGCGCACGCUAACUGCCAUUGCUUUCAAAUGGGCUGUUGACCCAAUGCUCAAGCGAGUCCUGGGGUCAGAUACGACAUUGCUGUCAGAGAGUUUCGAAAAACUUAAAACCAUCGUCUCACGUCUUUUAACAAUCGGGCUUGCUCAUGAACCACCCACAUUUGUCAGCACAACUUUACUUAACCGUCACUUGGAUCAACUCUUGCGGUGUGGCAUCGCCAUUGGUUGGUUUCCAGCGCUGCGCAAGAAGGAUCCAACGUUGUCAGCUAGUGUUGGUCGGCUUCUUGACGCAUCAAAUCCCUCUCAAACAAUUGCUGCAUUGGGAACUGCAUUAGUUGCGAAACCUUGUCCGGUGUACGUUCGCAAAGCCUGCUCUUCACUGCUUAGUAAGCAACUACUGCGAGCUGAAGGUGUUCGUGGGCUUUGUGCGGCUAUUUUCGGAGAGAACGCCGAAGAGGCGCAGCUCGACAAAUUGGAACAUGUGGCUCGCCUUCUGACCACCCCUCCGUCUACAAUCCGUGCUGAGGCUUACUUUCCAGCCAUCAUACCUCGAAUUCUCGACCUACUUUCGGAUCGCGCCCCACCAGCAUAUCGCAGAGCGGGUGCUUUUUCGAUAUCUCGCAUGCUGGCCAUCCCUGCGUGCUCAUUGUUGUUUUCGCUGCUCCAUGGGCCAUUUCUGUCUUUUAACACGCCGUGUGAGGCGCAUAAAUUGCUCGACACUCUUACCACACUUGUUACCAACACGGAUCCCUCCCCCACUAUGAUUUCCUCCCUCCUCUCUCCCAUUAUGUCUUCUCUUUAUUCGCUGCUCUAUACCUUCGACACGACAAGAACAGCUGAUCCAAGCAUUAAGGAGGCCGUGCGGGGUCUGUUGGCUACAUGGGGAAGAGUCAUUGCCACCGAAGAGGCCUUGGCCAUUCUCUGGUCGAUUACUGCUGGUGAAGGGGGCUAUUGGCGUAUUGAGCUUGACGGCAAGAUAUGUCACCUCGAGAAACCUGAAGAAACAGCAAGGUUGACGCUCAUGACCCCAGCAGACGAGGAUAUCGACGUGGACACUAACAUUCUGGGUCUUUAUCCUGAUCCCGUUCACUUUGUCCUUUUCCUCAAGUCGCUACAACGAGCAGACAUCUCCUCCGAUCUAUUUCUGCGAUCGCUCGAGGCGUAUCGGGACUCGAAGCGAGAACCAGACGAUCCAACACGGACACUAUUAUAUCUUCAACUUGUCGUUCAAAUGCAAAAGCAACUGGUUGACGGACCAUCCACAAUUCUAGGAAAUCAUGAACACAUCCUUUCUUUCAUCAAGCACACACUUGAUGCGCCAAAGCCCGACCCGAAACCGAUGCCAACGCCCAAAACUAGCCCGUUCGACUUUGGGCUCAGCACAGAUGAUGACGUAGCUAGCGAUGAAGAAGAGCUGGGGGACAGUUUAGGCCAAGAUGAUGAGAUGAUCGAAACAUCCAUCAACUUGCUGCUCGCAAUCCUCGAAACAAACCAGGACCUUUCCGCAAGGAAUGCACCCGAUUUGAACGAAAUAUUUACCCUCCUUGAGCCUCAUGCCCUUUCUGGCUCCUCACCCAUCCAGCCAAUAGCACGUGAGGCCCGCAUAGUAAUAACGGCGCGCCUUGCGUCAACGUCGGCAUCUAGCCGCAACCCAGAAAAGCGCGACGAUUCGCAGGCUGUGUAUCAGAAAGCUCUCAAGCUUUUGCAAGACCCCAUUCUGCCAGUGAGAGCCCAUGGACUGCUGCUACUACGCGAGCUAGUUAGCUCUGGGCAACUUUCGGAUCAAGCAUUGGUACCAGCCAUAUUGUCUAUAUUUUUACAGUCGCUUCAAGACGAUGACUCGUAUAUCUUCCUUAAUGCUGUCCAAGGUCUCGCAGCCAUGGUAAACUCACAUGGGAAAGAUGUCCUUAAAGGACUGGUGAAAGAUUAUACGCAAGGUUUGGCAGGACUGGGAUCAGGCAACAUUACGCCUCACGAUCUCGAUGUUCGCACUCGAAUCGGAGAAGCAUUGGCAUUUGUGAUCAAAAGAUGUGGAUCGGCGCUACCAGGCUAUGUGGACAUGCUUGUGCCGCCAUUAUUCCAAAUUGUGCGUUCACCGCAAGUGCCUGUGACGCUCAGAACUUCAUGUCUCGCAUUACUCGCCGAGUGUGAGAACACAUAUCCUUUGGCGCUGACAGAAUACGUCGUAGAUCUGGCGGAGGCGAUGGUGGAUUUGAUCCAACUCGAAACAACCCCCAACGCUCCCGCAGAAUCCGAGGACACAAACCCAGUUGUCAAGGAUUCAAAGCAGCCAGCAUUCCGGCGGGCAGCAUUGCAUUUUUUGGGUUUGCUCAUUCGAGAAACGGGCCAAGAUGAAUCACCACGCCCUCAGUUCUCGGGUGCCGUUCUAAGGAGAAUGAAGACAACUCUCUCAUAUAUUUCAACCACGGACGGUGAUGCAGUCGUGCGAGCUAUGGCCAGAGAGGUAGUCGAAAGUCUCUCCGAAUUGGCGACGAUGAUACUCGGAAGUGUAACAUAG